AUGAAAUUGACAGUAAAUUAUAUGUUUUAUUUCUAGGCUAAAAAGGAAAGCUUUUAUGUUCGAUCUUAACAAUAAAGUCUGGUAAAAAUGUCCGAAUCCUAUAAUUAGAUACUGAAUUAAGAAAAUUUAAAUUUACAUACAUUUAUAAAUUAAAAAUAAUUAGAAUAUAAAUUAAAAAAGAUUGCUUUGAAACAAGAUUGA